CCCGGCCCCCCCCGCCAUGGGCUGUAACAUGUGCGUGGUGCAGAAGCCGGAGGACCAGUACCGGGUGAUGCUGCAGGUGAGCGGGAAGGAGGGGGCGCGGCGGGGGCCGGAGGCGGCGCGGGGGGGCCCGCGGGGGCCCAAGGAGCCGCUGGUGCUGCAGGUGCUGCGGCGCAGCCCCCGCGGGCGCCCCCCGCUGCCCCACGACUACUUCGACGGCGCGGAGCUGGGGGACGGCGCCGAGCCCGAGCGCCCCGAGGAGCUGGAGUACGAGGAGGUGGAGCUCUACAAGGCGAGUCACCGGGACAAGCUGGGGCUCACGGUCUGCUACCGCACCGACGGCGAGGAGGACGCCGGCAUCUACGUGGGGGAGGUGAACCCCAACAGCAUCGCGGCCAAGGACGGGCGCAUCCGCGAGGGCGACCGCAUCAUCCAGAUUAACGGGGUGGAGGUGCAGGACCGCGAGGAGGCCGUGGCCUUCCUCACCCGGGAGCAGCAAACCAACAUCUCCCUCCUCCUCGCCCGCCCCGAGAGCCAGCGCUGGAAGGACAGCGACCGCGAGGAUUUCCUGGACGACUUCGGCUCCGAUGAGGACGGGGAGCUGCGGCAGCGGGGCCCCUGGACCCCCCCGGGGCAGCCCCCCAGCCCGGUGACGCCGUGCGCGCGGGGCCCCGAGCCCGACAGCGGGGUGGGCCGCACCGACGAGAGCACCCGCAACGAGGAGAGCUCCGAGCACGACCUGCUGGCCGAGGAGGCCGGCGAGGCCCCCCCGCCCCCCCGGCGGCCCCCCCGCGCCCCCGAGAGACCCGCGGCCCGGGCCCGGCUGGGCACCGCCGCAAGACCCGGAGCCGGAGCUGGAGCCGGAGCCGGGAGCGGAGCCAGAGCCGCAGGAAGAGCCGGAGCCGCCGCAGCAGGUAUGGGCGCUGGCCCCGGAGGAAGACCCGGAGCCGGAUCGGCCGCCGGAGCGGGGCUGGGAGGAAGACCCGGAGCCGGAGCGGCGGCGGGAGCCGGAGCAGGUAUGGGCGCCGGAGUAAGAGGCAGCGGCCCGGCGCCCGCGGGAAGAGCCAGUGGCAGCUCGGAGGCGCCGGAGCCGGCGGGGCUGAGCCAGGCGGAGCUGCGGCGCUACCGGCAGCUGCGGGGGCGGCUGGGGGCCGGCGGCGGGGCCGGUGCCGGUGCCGGCGGGGGGCUGCCGGUGAGCCGGGCCGAGGUGGCGCUGCUGGAGGAGGAGCUGCGUCACCUGGAGUUCAAGUGCCGGCACCUGCUGCGGGCGCAGAAGAUGCAGCGGCUGCGCGAGCGCUGCCUGCGCGCCUGGCUGGAGGCCAGCGCCGGCGCCGGCGACCCGGGGCUGGCCGACAUCUCCGAGGUGCCCGAGCGGGACAGCACCAGCGCCUACAACACGGGCGAGAGCUGCCGCAGCUCCCCGCUGCUGCUGCGGGGGCCGGCGGCGGGCGGCAAGGCGGCGCGGGCCAAGCGCCCCGGCCGGGACCGGCUGCUCAAGGCGCGGGCCAUCAAGAUCCUGGAGGAGCGCGGCGGCGGCUCCACCACGGACGACGACGCCCGCAGCGAGCUCAAGACCGGCCGCUACUGGAGCCGCGAGCAGCGCAAGCAGCACCUGGCGCGGGCGCGCGAGCAGCGCCGCCGCCGCGAGCUGCUGCUCCAGAGCCGCAUGGAGGCGGCCGGGGGGGCCGGGGGGGCCGGGGCGGCGGCCGGGGGGGCCGCCGCCGCCGAGGGCGGGGGGCAGCGGCGGGGCCUGCGCAAGCGCAGCCGCCGCAUCCUCGACAACUGGGUCACCAUCCAGGAGAUGUUGGCCCGCGGCACCCGGGCGGCCGACGGCGGCCGCGUCUACAACCCCCUGCUCUCCGUCACCACUGUCUAGCGCCUCCCCCACCCCGGGGGGGGCUCCGGGCCCCCCCAGACUGGGGUUACCCCCUUUUGGGGUGUCCCCCCCCCGGCAGCCACCCCAAAAUUGGCUCGGGGUGCCGGGUUGCGACACCCUCGCUGUUAUUUUGGGGGGAAGCCCCCCAGAUUGGGGGCCGCCCCCGUCCUGCCCCCUCAGUGUGUCUGCCCCCCCCCCCCAGCACAAGGGGCCUAAGGCCCCCUCCCCCAAAUCUCCCCCCCCCGCCCAUCGUCGUGUCUGUGAAUGUGGCUGUUUUUGGGUUUAGGCCAUCGUCACCCCACCCCCCCGCCCCAAAUUAUCCCCCUCCCACGCAGGGCUUGUGGGGGGGGGGUCCCAGAUGUCCGCCCCCCCUUUUCGUCUCCCCUGUGUCACCCUGUCUGUACAGUCCCUGUUUUGGGGGUGCAUUGUUUUUUGGGGGGGGGGGCAGGGGGGGGAACCAGGUCCUGGGCCUGAGCCUACAUUGUGGGAAUCAACAAAGCCUCGUUUUUAC